CAUUUUAGUCAUUUUUUAUUACUUGCCACAUUGUGCAAAUUUAACAAUACGUUAACAAUGUAAGGCUAUGACAUACUGUAUGUGAGGACGAAACUCCAGGAGUACAAACACAUUGAAAUUCAACCUUCGAAGUUCAGUCGGUUUUGUUUGGAAAACCAAAUUAAUCCAAGACAUCGUAGCUGUGGAGAAUAACGGAUCUUUUUUUUUUUUACUUUCUCUUUCUUCCCUCUGUCUAAACAGAUGGGUAAAAACGUCAUUUCUUCACCCUCCCCAAAUGUAUCACACAUUGAAGGCGCGUCGCUUCAGUCGGACGCAGAUUUCAAACAUUAUCUUGAGCUUUUCAGCAACGUGCGUCAGCUUCGGGUUAUAUUUGCACGGGGUCGGUGGAAUCAGAAGAAAAGGGUUUGACCAGACCGUCCAAAAGCAUGACGAUAAACGAAUUGGAUAGAAGAUGCCUCACAUGGACGCCUUAGCAAAGCUUUUACCUCUGUGCAAGUGGAAUAGGGAAAGUCAGUUAACAAUUUUUGCUGGAACUCCAAUUUCCUUUGUGAUGAGCCAGUCUCUCAGAGUCUUGAAAACAUGCAGUCAUGAACAUUGACCAUUGUUCUGAAAAGCAGCACUGGAAGACAGUGAUGUUACCAGAGGUCACUAUGGGUUGUGGAGGAAGCAGAACAGACGCUCUUGAACCCAAAUACAUGGAAAGCUGGACUAAAGAGACUGAGUCAACAUGGCUGACCAGCACAGACACAGAUGUCCCUCUCUCAUCUAUUGAGAACAUUCCCUCUGAACAUUCUUCCGAGUCAGGAUUUAUCAAUGAAGAGAAAAUCAUCAACACUAUUAUCUUUGGCGAUGGGAUUCCAAGUUCAGCUCAAGCCUACCUGAAGGUCUGCUCCACUAUGUCUGACCCUAGCCUGAAUGAUGGAAAGCCUAGCAGCGACAGUGCAGUGUCCUCUAACAAACAGCAGGGGGCGCUACCAUCCUCUGACACCACAGUACAGAAGAGGAGUGUCCUUCGUACAGAGGAGACCAAAUGGCAGGCCAACAGAAUGUCAACGAAGCAGGUGACUAUAACAGUGACUCAGAGCAUAAGACAGAUAGACAAGACAGGGAAGAUCACAGAGAAAACCCACACCACCUUUGAGGUGAUGAAGCCUGGGGACCCGCUCAAAGAAGGGACCGGCAGCAAUGUGCUGAAGUGAAAAACAAAUUCUCCUCACAGCAGACAAGCUUGCUGUGGAAACACCUGCUGCCCAGCAUCUUGUAGAUGUGUCACUGCUGAUUCCACACAUACAGGUGGUGGGUUUAGUAGGCAUGUGCGUCUGCCAUAGAUUGGCAUGGUCUCCUUCCAGUUCAGCUUCCUUCAUAUCCCGGGUGUUUACAGGAAGAAUGCAAUUAAAUCAAAGCACAGUAAGAGCAAUUUAACCAAUACACAUGGGAAAGAAGGUCUGGGAUUAAUACUGUAGCAUAAUAAGUCUUGCUGCAAACAGUUUCUCUGGUGUGCAUUUCAAUAAUUAAAAAAAAAAUCAAUAUAUUUAUAAAGCACGUUUCAGCUCAAAGGUUCCCAAAGUACUUUACAGUGACGAUGCAUGGCAUCAUCACUAGCAGUCCCACUAAUAUAAUUGUUUCGAUGUAGUAAAAAGAGAGCAAUUGUCAGUCGAUUGAUGCUUCAGAUUGGAAAUCAGGAUGAAAUGCAGUGCACGAGGAGACAAAAAAAAAUGGAUGAUAUAUAUUACAUGUCAUUACAAAACUGUUCAGCAGGGUCACAAAAUCUGAAAAUCUGCUUAUUUGCGCUUCAGUCUGGCCAACAAAGUCUUUUGCCGAAGAAGAGCAGAGUGGGAUGAAACUGAGCUGAAGUUUUUUAUCCGCAGCUGUAUUGCCUUAUUCCAGUGCGACGUGAUAAUCACGGAUACAGAGAGAGAAAGUUCAGACUUGACGCAGAGGGCGAUGUUGUUUGCUGGUUACCUGAAGUCUGUGAUUACUGUUGUUUCUUUUAGUUUAUCAAUCUUAUAUAAAUAAACUUAAAGCCAGUGCAUUAGCACUUUAUCACGUAAGGAAGGGUUACUUACUGUACGUGUUUUAACCAGUCAUUCUGUAAACUUUAGUACCUUAUGCUAUGGUAUACAGGUGGGCUUGGUUAUAUGCAAAUUUGGCAAUUCAAAUGUUUCUCUGCACUGAAUGCUGGCAAACGCUGGAAUGUCAAGACCCAACGGUAUUUCCAAAUUUGAUCACAUUAGUCGCAUCGCUGAAAUGUCUUUUCAGCCCUCUCUUAUAGUCCUCUCCAUUCUGUGUGGAGUACAUGCCUACCAAAUAAUAUCACUGCACUGGGCCUGAGGGACAGUGGAACGUCACUCAUGGUACUUUAUCACCAUGCUAAUGUGCUUCUAAUUUUUCUUCUCAGAAUUUUGGCAAGACAUCUAAAUGCAUUUCACUUGCAGAUUCCCAGGUAUCUGAGAAAAAAUAUUUAAAGGAACAGGUAACUAAUGGGUCAUUGUACCCUAGAUCAAUAAAGUCCAGAGCAUUAGAUUGUAGAAGAAAUAAGUAUAACAUUCUCCAAGAUUAAUGUGUGAUGAAAUCAUUUUUUUUCUUGAAAUAAAGACUGCUUAUUUUCCUGCCUUGAAAUACAAGAAAAUAACAUAAUAGCACAAACAGCUCUAUAACAAAUUAGAAACAAGGUAAACUGUAAAUAUAGUAGUCAUGGACUUCCCUCUAAUUACAAAAAGUUUAAGUAAACAAACACUUUUAGAAAUAUGUUCAGGUGGGUAGCUGCCGAAGAAGGCUCCACGGCCGAAAUGUUGUGUUCUCUUUCUUCUUUUUUUCAGCAUGGAAUAAACCUAUUACUUGUACUUUUAGAAAUAUGCUGAGGCUGGUAUUAAGACACCUGUGACCUGAACAGUCAGUUCACUCAGUUUUAAUACUGUAUACUUUAUAAAUGACUUCUGUAUAAUAUAAUGCACAGUUGCAGUAUUAUAUUGAAGUAUGUCAUUGAUAAUAAUAAUAAUAAUAGUAGUUGUUGUUGUUAACACUAUAUAGUUCUUUUCUGGACACUCCACUCAAAGCGCUUUACAAGUAAUGGGGACUCCACUCCACCACCACCAAUGUCCAGCCCCACCUGGGUGAUACAGUGAUAUUCACUACAUCAGCCAUUCUUUAUGAAUACACAUUGAAAUGACAAAGAUGCAAUAAUGAUCAUUAUAAAGUUAAGGGGAGCCAUUUUAUCCGUAAAACAGAUUGUUAUAAAAGAGACGAGAGGAGGAACUAUGUGAAUAAAAUGUUGAGCACAAAUAAUUGAGUGGCACAUGAUUUCUAUAUGUAUAAUAACAGACACAAUAACGAAAAAGCUGAAAAAAGGUAUAUAACACAAAAAUCUGCUCUUUCCAGACACAACACAUUAUUUUGCCAGAGCCUGUAUUAUCUGCACUGUGAAUUGAACAACUAAGGAAUAACAGUGAAAAGAGUAAUGCUGCUAUCGAGUGAAUUCAAACUAUUUAGACUUAUACAAACUUUGAUGACCCUUACAUAAAAUUACUCUAAUAUGAGGAAAGCAACAUGAAGUGUAGGAAUACUGCGAAAUCAAGUUAAAAUAGUAAAGCAUAAUGAAAACCAAUAGCAAAGAAAGGUAAAUAUAUUGUACAAUGUACAGGAAUAGUACAAUAAAUUUCUGGUAAUAUAUUAACCAUUGUAAGUUUCAUGAAGGGAACCAAAUUGUAUUUUCAAUAUUCAUUAUUUCAGUACUUAUCAAGUUAUCUGAUGUUGUAAUAACAGCAGGUUUGUAAGUAUAUUGUUGCUCUUGUCUGUCAUUAUAGGGCUUUAAAGAUACUGGUGCCAAAAGAAAAAAAACACUAGAUACUUGUGAUGUCAAUAAGGGUUCGAAAAAAUGUCAAGACAUAUACUGUGGAAGUACACCAGUUUGUAUUAAUGCCACUGCUCUUUCUUAUGAAUCAAUGGCUAUGUCAUUUGUUGUAUUGUGUUUGUUUAGUAAAGUUGUAAAUUGUCUUCUUAAAUAGUAUAGGAUAUUAUUAAAUUUAAAUCAUGGUGAAUGCCCUGAUGCAAACACUUAGUUGUGGUGACUAGAUUUCACACUAAAAACUACUAUAAUAAGUUGUAUCCUGUUAGGAUUUGUUUUAAUUUUUUUAAUUGAACAUACACUCAUGUUCGACUGUAAUAAGUUUGAUAACAAUAAUAUAUGUAAGGAAAUUCUUUGUUCCUUUGUUCUUAAAAUUAUUUUAGUUCCUUUGACCCAGACAGAAAUAGAAGCUAAGAGUAAACACUACAUUAGCAAGAAACCAGCUUAGAUGGAAUAGAAGGUAUUUCUUUGUAUAGAUAAACCAAGUUAUUGUUUCUAAAUAUCUUGUUUCUGGAUAUUUAGUGUUAUAUAUACAGUCUCAUAUAAUGUGUUAUGUUUCUUUUGUAACAGUUGGUCCUGUUCACUGCGACUCAUGAAAUGUCUCAAAGUAAAAUGUGUAAUGAUAACAGGGAAAAUAAAGUUACAGUAUAUUCACGUAUGAUGUAACAAGCAGAGGAUAAUUGCACAUUGGGAAUAAAGUUUGGGUAAUGGGACCUUUUGUAUGAAGUGUAGUGCUUUAAUAAAAUUCUUGCCUUGA